AAGCUGCUUCACCCCCUCCCCUUCUUCCUCUUCCUCUGCUUCAUCCUCCUCCUCGGCUCCCUUCGCUCUUAGUCCGAUUUCUGCAUUUGCUGAAAAGGAGGGGUUUGCUGAGCUGUGCUGCUGAGGGGCUUUGCUGCGUCGCCGUGCGGCUCCUGGCAAAGAGAGCGCAGCCUCCGUUAGUCCUGCUGCUGCCUUUGUUUGCAGGUGCUGCUGUCGAAGGAAAACCCAGUUUCUCUCACCCGCACCCCCACUCCCCAUCUUCCAUCCGAAAACACGCCAAAGCCAGGAGGAGGAUUUGGGAGAUGCUGCGGCUACCGCUCCCGGUUUGAGGAGAGCCCGUGCCAAUCCGCUGGCGCUCCCGCAGGGACCCGGACAGUCCCGCACGCAGCAGCAGCUUGGAGAACUUACUGAAGAAGACCCCACAACUGGUGCCCACAUUUCCAAGAAGGGAACGGACAACAGCCCGGGCGCUCCCCGUGCCUCCCUCUUUCUCUCCACCUCCCCGUCUCCCUCCGAGUUCCUGAAAGGGUGAUUGCUUUGCCAGUGGUCGAAAGAAAGGGGGAAAGGGGGACGAAGCUUCGGCGCGAGGCGCCGCCGGGGCCCAACAGCGCCAAUGCUGCGCCAAAGGAGCAUUUGGAGACGCCGAGGGACCUGUUGGCUUCCUCUCUUCGCUGACUGGGCAGGCAACUUUUCAGUCCGGGACCAAGUUUGAGAAGGAUUCUUUUUCACCCCUUCCCUCUACUCUACUCACAGGAAGGGAUCGGGACUGGGCGGCUUAGAACCGAAAGGCACGCGGACGCUCUCCGCCCCGCGUGGCCCCCAAGAGGCGGCUGCCCCACCUUUCUUGCGAGGUGGGAAGUGGCCCGGCCUCCUGUCACGCCGGGCCUCGCAUCAUUUAUUAAUUUUCUUCCGAGGGGAGGCGAGAGCAGCAUGCUGGGGGCUCCCCCCGCAAGCAGCCCCCGCAGCCCCGACGUCUGACCCUCCAGGGUGGCGGCUAUGGCAGCAGCCAUCGCCAGCUCCCUGAUCCGACAGAAGAGGCAAGCGAGGGAGCGGGAGAAGUCCAACGCCUGCAAAUGUGUCAGCAGCCCCAGCAAGACCAAGACCAGCUGUGCCGACAAGAAGAAGCUCAGCGUCUUCUCCAGGGUCAAGCUCUUCGGCUCCAAGAAAAGGCGGAGGAGGAAACCAGAACCACAGCUUAAAGGCAUUGUAACAAAACUGUACAGCCGGCAAGGGUAUCACUUGCAGCUACAAGCAGAUGGAACUAUCGAUGGCACUAAAGAGGAAGAGAGUACCUACACUUUGUUUAACCUCAUACCUGUGGGUUUACGAGUGGUGGCAAUUCAAGGUGUCCAGACAAAACUGUACUUAGCCAUGAACAGCGAAGGAUACUUGUACACAUCGGAACAUUUCACACCAGAAUGCAAGUUCAAAGAGUCGGUUUUUGAAAACUACUAUGUGACAUACUCCUCUAUGAUCUACAGACAGCAGCAGUCAGGGAGAGGCUGGUACUUGGGUCUUAACAAAGAAGGGGAGAUCAUGAAAGGAAACCACGUCAAGAAAAACAAAGCGGCGGCACAUUUCCUUCCGAAACCAUUAAAAGUGGCUAUGUACAAAGAACCUUCCCUCCAUGAUCUUACAGAAUUUUCACGGUCUGGCAGCGGGACCCCCACGAAAAGCAGAAGUGUCUCAGGAGUGCUAAACGGUGGGAAAUCCAUGAGCCAAAACGAAUCGACGUAGCCAGGUUUAGGGAGCAACUGGAGAGACGUGUAAAUGGAAUCUUACCUCUGGAAUUAUAGAUAUAAGCACUUUUUUAGCUGCCUAUCAUCCAGCGAGGCAAGCCAAUAAACUGGCAUAGGUCACAUCGUCUUAUCAGCCAUUUAGACCUUCUGGUUGUUCAAAAAUAAUUUUAAACAAAUGAUAACAAACAAAUGAUAAUAGUAAAAAAAAAGAGAGCCCAAUGACGUAGAAUGUGCUUGUGCAAUCACACAAGGAUAGCCAGACAAAACAUAACUUGUGGCAUAAAACCACAGAGAGGAAAUGUCCAUCUUGCUCACUCUCUCUUUAAUCUCACCUGUGCUUUGGGGGGGGGGGCAGAAUUAAGUAGCAAGAAAACAUUUUUUGCAGCACUUAACUGCUGAUUUGAAUUUGCUGUCCAGCCAAGAGAGAAGUCCAAUCAAAGACCACUUUUUUUGCUUUUCGAGGGAAAUUCUAAUGCUUAAUGUUUUAUACAUAUAUAUAUCUAUAGCAUUAGAGGGUAAACAAACAGGAUAUGUGAACUCUAUGAUUUUUUUUCUCAGCUUACCAUUUUAUAUCUCUUAAGGCUUGAUAUUGAUAACAAACCCAAUGUAUUCUUUUAAUUUGGGAUAGUGCAACUUUCUGAUUCCUUAACUCCAAUGGGUCUUCUUCAGCGCUGUGUCUUUUCAAGCAAAAUGAUGCUAAUAGUAGUAUAUUAAAAAAAAAAAUCAGGUUUGGAGCUGAGUGUCAGUGUCUCAGUCUCCAGAGAAGUGUUCUUGCGAUUAAAAAAAACAACACUGAGAGAUAUACAUUUUUUAAUAGAUUUGUAGUAUUCUGUUUAAAGUCCUUGUGCUGACCCUAGUCUGUAGGAACCAAGGUGUUAAUGUUAACCCCCAGUCAGUGGAAGAUAAUGUUUUUGGGUUGUUGUUUUUCUAAAAAAUAAAAAAAUAAUAUAGAGAGGAUGGAAAUAUCACCAAUAUGUAGAGUUUCUUUUUCUCCCCCCCCCCUGCUUUCUCUUAAUUACAUUUUCUGUAACAUAUUUUAAAAAACAAACUGUUGUCGUGACUUCUUUUUUCUAAAGACAGAAACUGUGGAAAUGAGGUGACUUAAUUUUUUAUAAGAAAAAACAAUAUUGUUUGUAAAAAAAUAAAAAUUCUUUCUUUCACUUACAUGAAAUUAGGGUAGAAGAGAAGCAGCAUGACAAAAAAAACCCUAAAGCAUAUCUACAUGCUGUUGGGAAGGAGAACACUGCCCAGUGUCUUCUGCCCACAAAGAAUGAAGCCAGCUUCAGGUGCUACCUUUAGACUGAUAUAACCAUGUGUGGGGUGGCAGGGACAAGCACACUGCCCCCACUGUUUUCCCAUGCCAUCAUUCUUAACUCCUCCCAACUCAUGGAACACAAACUUCUGCAACAAGGACCCUAUUGUAUCUUUGGAGGCUCCCCAUGGAUUCUUGGAAGCCUGCAAAGCCAUGGUUCUGAAAUGCAUCUGGAGCAUCCAUGACUCCAAACAUGGCUGGAUUAACCAUUAAGCAAAUUAAGCACGUGCUUCGGGCAUCAAGGGAAGAGGGGGGCACCACAAAAGUAUCCCAUUGCCUGACUUUUAACAUUCAUGGCCACAAAUUACUCAGCUAAGCGUUCGUUUUCUCAGCUGAAGUAUAUUUAAAAAUCCCAACAGAACUGGCAUGCUUUCGAACUGCUAGGUGGGCAGGAGCUGGGACCGAGCAACGGGAGCUCACCCCAUCAUGGGGAUUCGAACCGCCAACCUUCUGAUCAGCAAGCCCUAGGCUCAGUGGUUUAGACCACAGCGCCACCCUUGUCCCAAAACAGCUAUACAACAAGGCAGGCUGGAUGCCUUAUCUCUACAAAGUGUAGAAGCAAAUGCAUUGUGUAAGGUUAGUUCUGAGGAUCUGAUCAAAGACGUUACAACUAGAAAAAGUAAAAACCCCUCCCCCCAAAAAAUAUAUAAAUAAAAUACAAAAAUGAAGCAUGUAGGUUUUGGUUUCAUUUCGUAACAUACAAUUUUCUUUUGGGGUUUAAAGUUGUUUAUAUUUUGAAUUAGGAAUAUAUGGGAGCACCAAAAUCUUUUAAGUGCUUAGGGCCUCUAAAGGUCUUAAUCAGGCCCUGUCUUCAAAUGGCACCCUGUUGCAGAAGUUUACCUUCUUUGAGUUGGAGUGUGAUAAUAUAAAUAACUAGCUGUCCCAGCCACGUGUUGCUGUGCCUCAUCCCUGUGACUGCCCCCACCCUGUUCCGAUCCACGACCUAUUCUGCUCCCUCCUCCCCCCACUCUCGGCUCAUCCCUGUGACUCCCCCCCACCCUGUCCCGACCCAUGACCUAUUCUGUUCCCUUCCCCCCCCUGCUCAUCCCUGUGACUCCAACUCUGUCCCAACCUAUGACCUAUUCUGCCCCCUCCUCCCCCCACCCCCAGGUCAUCCCUGUGAUUCCACCCACUCUGUCCCGACCCAUGACCUAUUCUGUCACCUUCCCCCCACCCCGGCUCAUCCCUGUGAUUGGCCCCACCCUGUCCCCCUCGCAAACCCCUGCGGCCUGGCCAAUGCCCCCGCAUUGGUGUUGUUUUCUGUUAACGGCCCAUAUUCAUUUGGUUGGAAUGUUCUGUUAUGAUGUCACUGAUAGUAUGCAGCCAAUGGCAGCAGGUGAGGUGUAUGUUCCUUUGACGUCCAAUGGAGGCCGCUAUUUUUUGAGAAAAUUCCAUUUUUACCUGCCAAAUGUUUGGCACGUGUGGAAUCUAAGGUUAUGUUGGCACUUGUGUAUUGGUACUGGACGCUGUGUCCAAAUUUGAAUGCAAUCGGUCAAGCAGUUUCCGAGAAAAGUGGAAAUCCCAAACAUGGACCUUUACAUUUUUAUAUAGAGAGAUGGGGCCAUGGGGGAGGGCUGACACACCUGUUCCUGCUGCUCCUACCAUGUGCUCACAUUAACCUAAUUGUAACACCUGAAGGAGGCUUAAAGUGCAAGGGGCUAUCAGAUAGAUGUAUUGCAGUCCUGCCAUGGAAAGGA